AUGUCCUUCGACCAAGACACCCUCCGCGCCCGCUUCUGCCAUGCCCUCUCCGAAAUGUACAGAACCGAAGUCCCGUUAUACGGCGACCUAGUCGACCUAGUCUAUGAAGCAGACGCUACAGCCCUCAAGUCCCAGAAAACGCGAUGCAAAGACAACCACAACCACAUCGACCUCGACCCAGAUACGAUCCUUCCCUCCCGAAACCGCGUCGAAAGACACGGCGCAAUCCGCCUCGGUACACCACACGAACUAUCCACUAUCCGCCGCAUGUUCGCCACCAUGGGCAUGUAUCCAGUGGGAUACUACGAUCUCAGUGUCGUGGGGUUCCCAAUGCACGCGACUGCAUUCCGGCCGAGGAAGAGGGAAGCGCUUGAUAACAACCCGUUUCGGGUGUUUACGACGCUGUUGAGGAUGGAGUUGUUGACAGAGAGGACGAGGGAGUUAGCAGUCAGGGCGCUGAGGCAGAGGAGGGUUUUUACGGAGAGGUUGGUUGAGCUUAUUGGUCGGGUUGAGGAACAGGGGUCGUUGAGUGAGGAGGAGUGUAAGGAGUUUAUCAAGGAAGGGCUGGAGACGUUUCGUUGGCAUUCACAGGCGACGGUUACGUUGGAGGAGUAUCAAAUUCUGAAAGACGAGCAUCCACUGGUUGCUGAUAUUGUCUCGUUCCCGAACUGUCAUAUCAACCAUCUCACACCGCGGACGAUCGAUAUCGACCUCGUGCAGAAAUUGAUGCAAGACCGUGGGAUGCCUGCAAAGGAACGCAUUGAAGGACCUCCGCAGCGGAAGUGCCCGAUUCUCUUACGGCAGACGAGUUUCAAGGCACUGGAAGAGACGGUUUAUUUCCGGGAUGCGUCGUCGGGUGUAUAUAUCAAGGGAUCUCAUACGGCGAGAUUCGGGGAAGUCGAACAGCGGGGCUACGCCCUGACGCGUCAGGGUCGUCAGUUGUACGAUGAGAUUCUGGAACGAGUAAAUGCGGAGACAGCAGAGGUGAAGGCGUCUGCGGCUCAGUAUGAGGAGAUCUUGCAAAGACGGUUUCUGGAGUUCCCGGAUGAUCUGGACCAGUUGCGAUCUCAGAAGCUGGCGUAUUUCUGCUAUAGACUGGAAUCAUCAGCAGUCAUCAAUGGAAAACAGAAACCCCAGGCAAGUGCAAAAUUGAGUGAACUGUUGAAACAGGGUAUUCUCGAAUACGAACCCAUUAUUUACGAAGACUUUCUACCGUUAUCUGCGGGAGGAAUCUUCAACUCGAACCUCGGAAAUCAGUCCCAGUCACAGCAACUGAUUCGAGACGCGGGCUCAGAUCUGAAGGAAUUCCAACGAGCACUGGGUGAUUCCAUAAAGGAUGAGUUUGAUUUAUACGAGCAGAUGCAGCGAGAGAGCCUGGAGAUUUGUGGGAAGUUGUUGGGAGUUGAGAUAUGUGCCCUAAACGAUAGAUCACAUGAUAGGUAUAAUUUACCAACCCGCAGCCCUCGAAAUGGCGAAUCAAGAAAAAAAAAAUACUCGGAGACCGUCCGGCAAUUCGACUUACUCGAAACGAUUGGUGGUCCCACGCUCUCCUACAGCGAGGCGAUAUUCAUCUGCGAAAACGUCAAUAAAACCACCGAGGAAGCCUUCUUGAAGGUCUACCGACAGAUACCACACGUGGCAACCGAAGGCGAGCCUCACACUAUCAGAGCACAGCAAGCGGGAACGGGUACCUUUUGCGAUAUUGAAGCGUACAUGAAGUUUGCCGCGAGACAAGCGACACACCUACCCAUCUGCCUGGCACACAAGUCUGAACGUCAGGAUGAAUACGAUCUGGUCCCAGCUGGGUUUAUCGAGUAUAUGCCUUGGUUGCGUGGGAUUCAUCAUUUGGUUGGGCACAAGGGAUCUAAGAAAAUCUACAUUGUCGAUUUUACAGUUACACACCUGAUGGAGGCAAAAGCUGAUUGGAACGACUUCUUCUUCGCCUCCUGGGUUUUGGCUUAUCCUCCAAAGGGUACCAAUGGGAUGAAUAGCGAAGUGACCUCUCCAGAUAUGUCGAAUUGGAAAUUCUAA